GGUCUCCGCUGCCGCUCGGGCUGCUCGGGCUGCUCGGCCCGCCGCCCCGUGGCGCAUGGGUCUGCUCCGGGGCGGGCCCCCAUGCUCUCGGCCCAUGGCGCGCCUGGGCGCUGUGCGCUCCCACUACUGCGCGCUGCUGCUGGCGGCGGCGCUUGCCGUUUGUGCCUUCUACUACCUGGGCUCGGGCCGGGAGACCUUCUCCAGCGCCACCAAGAGGCUGAAGGAGGCCCGCGCCGGGGCCCCCGCCGCGCCCUCGCCGCCCGCGCCGGAGCUGGCGCGGGGCUCCUUGGAGCCGGCCCCGGGCGCCAAGGCCAAGAGCCUGGAGGGCGGCGGGGCCGGGCCGGUGGACUACCACCUGCUGAUGAUGUUCACCAAGGCGGAACACAAUGCCGCGCUGCAGGCCAAGGCUCGCGUGGCGCUCCGCUCCCUGCUGCACCUUGCCAAGUUCGAGGCGCACGAGGUGCUUAACCUGCAUUUCGUGAGCGAGGAGGCCAGCCGUGAGGUGGCGAAGGCCCUGCUGCGGGAGCUGCUGCCGCCCGCCGCCGGCUUCAAGUGCAAGGUCGUCUUCCACGAUGUUGCCGUGCUGACGGACAAGCUCUUCCCCGUCGUGGAGGCCAUGCAGAAGCACUUCAGUGCCGGCUCGGGGACCUACUACAGCGACUCCAUCUUCUUCCUCUCGGUCGCCAUGCAUCAGAUCAUGCCCAAAGAGAUCCUGCGGAUAAUUCAGCUGGACCUAGACCUCAAAUACAAAACCAACGUCCGGGAAUUGUUUGAGGAGUUUGACAAUUUCCUGCCAGGCGCCGUCAUUGGCAUUGCACGAGAGAUGCAGCCAGUGUACAGGCACACGUUCUGGCAGUUCCGCCAUGAGAACCCCAAGACCCGGGUUGGAGGCCCUCCCCCCGAGGGGCUCCCUGGCUUCAACAGCGGGGUGAUGCUGCUGAACCUGGAGGCCAUGCGCCAGUCCCCGCUCUACAGCCGCCUGCUGGAGCCGGCGCAGGUGCAGCGGCUGGCCGACAAGUACCACUUCCGCGGCCACCUCGGGGACCAGGACUUCUUCACCAUGAUCGGCAUGGAGCACCCCGAGCUCUUCCACGUGCUGGACUGCACCUGGAACCGGCAGCUCUGCACCUGGUGGAGGGACCACGGCUACGGCGACGUCUUCGAGGCCUACUUCCGGUGCGAGGGCCACGUCAAGAUCUACCACGGGAACUGCAACACCCCGAUCCCAGAGGUCUAGGUGCAGGCUCGCCUGCCGUGCCCUCAGGCCUCUGCAUCUGGGGGAGCAGAGGGGCGCCUCUGGGACAGGCCGAGGGGCGGGGUCUGAACUCCUAGAGAGACACUGCAGGGACGUCCUUUGUGAUCAGGUGCUGCAGCUCUCCCAGCCCGCGGGUCGCUGUCCCGAGUCCACCCGGUGACAACUGGCCUGCACAUUGCUGGUGCUCGGGACCGUUUUCCUUCCCCGGGGGACCAGGCAUCCUGAAGGGCAAACAUGGAGACAUCUUCCUGUGGGCCAGAAAGCAAGCGUUUGAAGAGAAGCAAGGAAAGAAAAUGGUGCCUCUUGCCUUCAGCCCCCAAAGAAUGGAAAUCCUUUUAAGAACCGGCCUUUCUGGGACCAAAUAUAAAUUUAUUUUAAAUUGACAGGCGAGACAGAACAAACAGUGCUGCAGCAGCUCCCAGUGAGCUCUAAAUGCAUGAGCCAGGGUUUUAACAAGCGGCCCAGAGUUUUAAGCACCAAACGAAUGCCGACCUUCCAUGUGCGUGCCCCAGGAGGUCGUGUGUUUAUUCCCCGAUGCUCACAUCACCUGGUGUAGGUGUCAGCAUCACCACCUCUUUGGGGAGGGCCUUCAGCACCAACUGUGGCCCACAAAGAAAACUGGUCUUGUUAUUCCAGCGUUCCCAGCUUUUAUCUCCCAACAUCGUCCCAGAACCUCAUUAUCCCUUAUUCAUCUGAGCCAGCUCCAGGUGACCAGACUGUGCCCAGAAAUCAAAUCCGCCAUCAAAGAACCCAGACUGGCCACCCCCAAGGACAUGCAGUAGAAUUGUCCGGACUGGGAAGACUCCCAAAGAGGAGCCCAGCAGUGCCUGAGUGUAGCCGUGUGGCUUGGAAGGAGCGUCGCUCUUAGGCUUGUAAGCAUUCUAGUCUCUUUAUUUAGAGAAAUGGUCCUGAUUUUCUUCUUGCACCACGUCAGACCCUGUGCCUUAGAAGAAAUUAGGGUGUCAUUUCUUUAUUUCUUCCUUUAAUGAGUUCUCCUGUAAGGAGGCUGCAAACAUGGAGCCACUCGUGGUCCAUGUUGUAUAGUCCAGCUGAGGUCCUUGGGGAAGAGAUGUUGUUGGGUUUUCAUCUUAUUUUAUUUACUUUUUUAUUUCUUCUCGCUGUGAGUGAGAAUAGCUAAUAAAUAAUCUUUGAGAACA